UUUCAAAAAUUAUUAAUUCGAUUUUUUAUCGUAAUUUGUUUGAUUGUAAUUUCAGCUUUGCCGAUUUUGAAAAAUUUUGAAACUAAACAUGUAGCUACAGAGGAAGGAAACAAGUAUGGUACUUUAAGUGAUAAACAGACUACAAUUACUUCAGAUGCACAUAAUAGCGAGAAAAAUGACGCGAAACUACCAAAAUAUCCAGUCGCCGUAUACUUUGUGCUCGGAUCCAAAUUUUUUGAAUCCUUUGCUGCAAAUGGAGUCAGGACUGUCCUCGCCUUAUAUCUCCGAGACUCCAUCGGUCUGUCAGAAAACACAUCUACGACAGUCCUUCACAUUUUCAACUUCUUUAGUCAAUUCACACCUGUUUUCGGAGCAAUUUUGGCAGACAGUUAUCUCGGAAAUUCUAAUACGAUAUUCUAUACAUUCUUUCUGUAUGGCCUGGGCUACACGAUUCUAUUCCUGGUGACAUGGCCCAUACUGACGUUCAAAAUUGUGCCAACGGUGUUCACUGCAUUGCUACUUAUUUCUUUAGGUAACGGCGGAAUACGAGCCUGCGUCACCUCAUUGGGAGGUUCUCAGUUUACUCUACCUCAGCAAACCGGAGCCCUAGACGACUAUUUCUCACAUUAUUACUUCGUGUACACGAUGGGGGUUCUCUUGAGCAAAAUUGCACCCCCGGCAGUGAGAGCAGGGACUUCGUGUUUCCAUAUGACGGAUUGCUAUACGGCUGUUUUUGGGCUGUUGGCUGGAGCGUUUUUGCUCGCUUGGGCUGUGUUUUUGUUUGGUCUCGCGUAUUACAGAGCCCAAACGCCUUCAGGAAACAACAUCUUUGCCAAAACUAUACGAUGUGUCUUGCACGCUUUGGUCCAGAACGCACGCGGAAGGAAACCAUCAGACGCCGAACACUGGCUGGACAGCGCGCGAUCUAGGUACGGCCAACGUUUCGUUGGCGAUGUUAAGGCCUUCAUCAAGGUCCUAGUAUUAUUCCUACCUCUACCCGUCUAUUGGUCACUGACGGCCCAACAGGACUCAACAUGGACCUACCAGGCUGCCCAAUUGGACACCGACUUGGGAUUCAUGAAAGUCGAGCCGGACCAGGUGAAAUCUCUAGGCCCGAUUUUAUUAUUGUUGUUAAUAUUAUUCAUGAGCCAGUUGUCAAUUUUGUUUGAUAAGCUGGGAAUUUUACAAACGUCUCUGGACCAAGUCAGAUGUGGUGGAAUUAUGGCCGUGUUGUCCUUUUUAUCAGCUGGAGUAUUGCAAAAAUUCAUAGAGAAUAAUUCUUCGUCAAGAAAAUACAGUGUAUUGUGGCAAAUUCCCCAGUUUUUGUUGUUGAUGUUGGGUGAGGUUCUGUUGUCCAUUCCAGGACUGCAGUUUGCUUUUACACAAGCCCCUAAAUCAAUGAAGUCCGUCCUGACUGCAUUUUGGUUCGUCAACAACGCUUUAGGAAAUUUAAUUGUUGUGAUAAUUACAGAAAUAAAUUUAAUAAAACUGCAGAGUGACGAAUUUUUCUUGUACGCAGGCCUGAUGGCCAUAGGAAUAACAUUGUUCUCGAUGAUGGCAUCGAGGUACCGAAUGAGGCAAGAAGAACAAAUGAGCAUACCGAUUUACAAAAACACAACACCGACAGAGGCCUGA